GUCGAACCAUUCCACUUGCUAAAUCGGCACACUGACAUAAACCGGUUUGACAACCUUGAUUGAGAUGCAUGGAAGUAGAGAUUCGCGGAUCGCGGCUUUCUCGAGGAUUGAUUUGUUGCUUGGCUAGCAAGGGAUACGUAGCAAUCUUACAGGUUAGCACAGGAAGCAUCAUUCCCCUUUUCCUUCCUUCUCCCAUUGUUUGAGUUUUGGGUCGUUUGUAAUAAGAGUCCAUGGGCCUUUAAAAUACUGAAAUCGGGCCUAAAACCGGAAAGGAAGGCGAGUCCGUAGGAUGUGGGUUAGGCCUUUGAGCUUGGUCCGGCCCAUUCGAAUAUUUGAAUUUGUUAGUUGAAGACAGUAGUAGUACGAACUUGCCGUCUUUAAGAUUUGGAAGCUUGACUUGUGGAUAUUUGAAGGACACAUCAUGUUUUUCCUCCAAACUGUUGUGAUAUUAGUAUGAUUGAAAGUAAAUAUGACGAGGAAUUGAUCAAUUAAUUUCCAUGGUUUUCUCUCUCUCUCUCUCUCAGUAGUACUGUAACAAACCAACUGCAAAAAGGAGAGUAAAAAAAAAAAAGUGUAUAAAUUGUGAACCUGGGAAGCAGAAGAAGUAUAAAUCUCACAAAAAAGUUCUGCUGCAAACCAGUAUCAAAAGAAGCAAGCAAGCAGCAACCCUUCCUCGUCCCAAGGAGGAAGAAGAAGACACAGAGAAUCACACUCUCCAAUGUAACUCAUGACGCCUUCCCUUCCCCUCCCUCCAUUGAUGACCUCUCUCUCUCUCUCUCUCUCUCUCUCUCUAUCUGUGAGACUGUGAUAUCAGCAGCUUCAGUUUGUUCAAUUUUUAAUACAAAAAAUUUCCUAGCUUUCGAUUCCAUCAUGUAUGUAGAGUUGUAGACUGUUAGCCGUAGUUGCCAAUCUCAAAAGUAGCUUUCUUUAACUUUAUUUUCCAGGACUUGGGUUGUUGUGAGUUCAUCAAUGCUGCUCUGUUCCAUUACCUAAGCUCCUCCCUUUCUCUACUCUGUUUCACUCUGUUCUCUUACUUGGGUUCUCUGUUUUUCAGCGAGGCGAGGUUAGCUAGAUCUACAUUUCUGGCAGAAAUGGGAAGACAAUGGUUUUCUACUUGCUGCAUACUUCUUCUUCUAGCACUAGUAUCCUGCAACAGCUCAUUUGCAACAGCAGCAGCAACCGGGUCAAAACCUCUUCACUUGAAGUACAAAGACCCAAAGCAGCCCGUUGGAGCCAGAAUCAAAGACCUGGUCAAGCGAAUGACCCUGGAAGAGAAAAUCGGCCAGAUGGUCCAGAUUGAUCUCACCGUCGCUUCCUCUGAUGUCAUGAAGAACUACUACCUUGGGAGUGUGCUGAGCGGUGGUGGCAGCGUUCCAUCUCCAAAGGCAUCGGCUGCAGCCUGGGUCAAUACGGUGAAUGGACUCCAGAAGGGAGCUCUGUCAACCCGCCUAGGAAUCCCCAUGAUUUAUGGGAUUGAUGCUGUUCACGGCCACAACAAUGUCUACAACGCCACCAUUUUCCCUCACAAUGUUGGACUCGGCGUCACAAGGGAUCCCCAGCUCAUAAAAAAGAUUGGAGCUGCAACUGCCAAGGAAGUCAGAGCAACUGGGAUACCAUAUGCUUUUGCUCCAUGCAUUGCUGUUUGCAGAGAUCCGAGAUGGGGUCGGUGCUACGAGAGCUACAGUGAGGAUCACACCAUUGUUCAAAAGAUGACAGAGAUCAUACCCGGUCUACAAGGAGAUCUCCCUGCAAAUUCCAGAAAGGGUGUCCCCUUUGUUGACAAUGGAGGGACCAAGGUUGCAGCUUGUGCCAAGCAUUACAUGGGGGACGGUGGCACGACCAAGGGGAUCAACGAGAACAACACAGUUAUCUCCAUGAAUGGACUGAUGAGCAUCCACAUGCCAGCGUAUCUGAACUCCAUCAGCAAAGGUGUGGCCACGAUCAUGGUUUCGUACUCGAGCUGGAACGGGAAGAAGAUGCAUGCGAAUCGCGAGCUCGUCACAGGGUUCCUCAAGGACAAGCUCAAGUUCAGGGGAUUUGUGAUUUCGGACUGGCAGGGAAUCGACAGGAUCACUUCUCCACCGCAUGCCAAUUACAGCUCUUCCAUUACAGCAGGAGUUGGCGCUGGAAUUGACAUGAUCAUGGUUGCCUACAACUAUACAGAGUUGAUUAACGAUAUGAUCUACCAAGUGAAGAACAGGAUCAUUCCUGUAAGCAGGAUUGAUGAUGCUGUGAAGAGGAUCCUGAGAGUCAAGUUCGUCAUGGGACUGUUUGAGAAGCCACUGGCUGAUCUCAGUAUGGUCAAUGAGCUUGGGAAACAGGAGCACAGAGAUUUAGCUAGAGAAGCUGUGAGGAAGUCACUUGUGUUGUUGAAGAAUGGCAAAUCUGCUGAUAAGCCGUUGUUGCCCCUUCCUAAGAGAGCAGCCAAGAUUCUUGUGGCAGGAAGCCAUGCUGAUAAUUUGGGUAACCAAUGUGGAGGAUGGACCAUCACAUGGCAAGGCCAAACUGGAAAUGAUCUGACAUCUGGGACCACGAUCCUCAAAGCAGUGAAGAGCGCGGUUGCUCCCUCCACUCAAGUCGUCUACAGCGAGCAACCAGACGCCAGUUUCGUCAAGUCCAGCAAGUUCUCCUACGCCAUCGUGGUCGUUGGCGAGCCACCAUACGCCGAGACUCAGGGUGACAGCUUGAACCUGACAAUUCCAGCAGCUGGCCUGAGCACAAUCAACAAUGUCUGUGGCUCCAUCAAGUGCGUCGUAGUGUUGAUCUCAGGACGGCCAUUAGUGAUCGAGCCGUACCUCGCCAAGAUCGACGCUCUCGUCGCAGCCUGGCUUCCUGGGACUGAAGGGCAAGGCGUUACCGACGUUCUGUUCGGCGACUAUGGGUUCACUGGAAAGCUGGCCAGAAAUUGGUUCAGGUCAGUCAGUCAGCUUCCAAUGAACGUGGGUGAUGCACAUUACGACCCUCUGUUUCCAUUUGGAUUCGGGCUGACCACUGAGCCGAUCAAGAGUUAGAAAGCUUUUCCUGGCCUAGUUUGAGGCAUCAUCUAAAAGAGUCGUGAAUGAGGAAAUGCAUGUGAUCAUGGAAUAGGGAUUUAUAGGAAGGUGAAGGUAAUUGAGAUCCCAUUUGUUUCCAGAUUGUGGGAGGCAGAGCACCAUGAACAGUCGUCGAGUGAAAAGGGAUGGAUUAGACACUGAAGUCCCUCCUUUCACCAAUUUGAAAGGGUUGAAGCUUUUGUUGAUCCAUUGGAAUAACUAUUUAUGGUUCAGAGAAAUGAUAUUAAUCGAUAAUAAUCCAAUCAUGUGCCGUUAUAAUUAGGCUUCUCAAUGGAUGUCGAAAUACGGUUUGCAAAAACGUACCGGCAGUUCGAUCGAAAAUAUUGUUUAGCGAAGCUCAAAUCGGUAUAAGAUUUUACUAGUACGAUGGUUCAACCACGAGUACUAGAAACCAUCUUCCCAUUUGAAACAUUGAUGUGGCUACAAAGAAUUUUCGGCCUUGAACGGAAUUCCAAUCCACAAGACCAAAUAAAGAACAUUCUUUCCC